AUGGAUAGUGAAUGGAGCUGGGAGCAGAACACACUCAUCAAUGAGCUAAUUCAGGGGAUGGAGGUAGCAAGGAAGUUGAAGGAAGACUUGAGGAUGCCGAAUUCAGUUGACUCAAGAGAUAUGUUGGUGCAAAGGAUAUUAUCUUCUUAUGAAAAGGCUCUACUGAUUCUAAGAUGCAAUGCAUCAACUUCCGAGUUGCAGGCCACGAGUCAAGCAUUUGCAACUUUGUUACCCGACUCCCCAUUGUCUGUCCAUGGAAGUCCUCUGAGUGAGUAUGUUGAUGGGUCCAUCAAGAAUCACCAAGAAAUUAAACACGAUUCAAAGAAAAGAAAGAUAACGCCCAAAUGGAUGGAUCAUGUAAGAGUGAGCUGUGAGAGCGGUCUUGAAGGACCACAAGAAGAUGGCUACAACUGGAGAAAAUAUGGUCAGAAGGACAUCCUCGGGGCCAAAUAUCCCAGAAGUUACUAUAGGUGCACCUUUCGCAACACUCAGGGCUGUUGGGCCACGAAGCAAGUGCAAAGAUCAGAUGAAGAUCCUAAAAUAUUUGACAUAACCUACAGGGGAAAGCAUACCUGUUCUCAAGGAAACAACGCCGUUUUGCCACCUAAGUCACCAGACAAACAAGAGAAGCCACACAGUCGUAACAUUGACAUUCACCAUGUACAGGCAUCACAAGAAAACCUCACAAAGUUCAGAAACAUCUUAUCUGCCAGCACAGAUAAACUGGACAAUGGAGAUAUGGCAUAUCCUUUCACUUUCCCUUCCACCCUAGACAACCAAGACAACCACAGCCUGAUUCCUUUGACCCUAGAGAAUGAGUGCUUCUUGAGCGACCAAUGCCAAACACACCUGUUAUCUCCAACAACACCAGAAUCAAACUAUUUCCCAUCUCCAAAUUUCCAGAUGAAUGAGUUUGAUGGGAUCUACAACAGGCCUUAUUCAGAAUCAGAUAUUAAUGAGAUCAUUUCCACCAACACAUCAGCUACAAAUUCUCCAAUUCCCGAUUUCAAUUUCUCGCUUGAUCCAGUGGAAAUUGACCCAAAUUUCCCUUUCAACAGCCCCGGAUUUUUCUCCUGA